AUGGCGCCAAUCCUUGAUGCGGAUCCCUCUAACUGGCUGUCCCAGUUGCGCGAGCAUCUCGGAGUUGAACGCCAGAGCCAGAUGUAUUUGUCAAGUUUGACUCUUCCAGCCACCCACAACAGCCACGCUACAACGGACAACAUUGUAGGUUGGGCUUGGCAAAAGAUGGAAGUUGCCAACUGUCAAUCAAGCGAUAUACGCGCACAACUGGAUAUGGGCGUGCGAUCCAUUGAUCUGCGAAUCGGCAAAGACCUAGUUCUCCGUCAUGGAAAAGUCACACUGCAAGGACAUCUGAGAGAUGCACUGCACACCAUGCAUGAGUGGCUGGAUCAACAUCCCAACGAAACCAUCAUGUUCCAGGCCAAGUGGGACUACUGGGGCGAUGAUCGUCAACCUGACCAGGACAAGGCGCCGGGGCAGGUCAAUGACAUGAUCCGGAAAGAAUUCUCGGCAAGGGGUCUCGUCCUCGACCAGCAGCCUAAACUGAGCGAGUGUAUUGGGAAAAUGGUUCUUUUCAAUGACAACGGUGCAGGGGCCUUUCCGCUGAAAGGCCCCGAGGCGCCCCGCACGGAUCUUCCAGGGGAUAUGGACGUUAUUGACGCUCAUUGGGUGCACAUCCAGAGGGUCUUGGAAUGGGCCUUGGGAACUUCAUCGCCAGCUAAUCAAGGGGAUUACUAUGAGAUUCCCUGUGCGCAACAGUCCCUGGAUAAGCUGGAGAAUCUCACCCUCGAUAAUCUUUGGAACGAUAUCACAAAUGUCAAAAGACCAAUUGACUUCGCGAAUGUUAUCAACCCGAGGCUGUGUGACUGGCUGCUCGGAAAUAUCCACAGACGGGGUGAAGGGAGACUGGGAAGAGUUUAUGUUGAUUUUGCUAACCCUGACUUGGUGAAGGCUAUUCUACUUUGGAACUUUGUGUAA